AUGCAGAAAGAACAUGCUCAAGAUAAAGAACAACUUGCACGUAAUCAUCAAAACGUACAUGCAGGUGUAGAAAGUUCAGAUAAUAUAAAUGAAAUUGAGAAGCGAUUUAGUAAUCUGUCUAGAUUGAAUACGAAUGACUAA